AUGAGUGUUGGCACACACAUCGCCGAGGUCAUUCGACAGGGCAUUUGGGCCUCGCUCACUGGAGGAUGGUACUACGAACCGGGUUUCUCGAUUUUCUGUAAUACUCUACAUUUAUAUGUCUGGUUCGUACUUAUUCUUCUUCCUCUUAUCCUCGGACUCGUCACAUCUCAAGGAGUUUCGAUUGUUUUCGCUGCUUCAUAUACUGGAUUCAUUGUUUUCUUCUUCACCGUUAUCAAGAGUGCUGUUGCAUAUCUUCAUAUGGUAUUCGAUACGACAGAUCCAGUGGUUGUGACGAGAACAAUCAAUGAUUCAAUCGAUGAAUUGUAUAGAGAAUCUGAACCUCCUCCUCUAGACGUUGAAAUGAUCGAACUUCGUGACAUGGGAUACAAUUUACGUGGAUCGGAACGAGCACUCGAUGGAAGACGUGAACCGAGUGUUAGAGAAGAAAUUGCAGCAAAUAUGGCACGUAUCAGGAGACAAGAUUUGGAGAGAAAUACUGAUUCGGCCAGAGAAAAUCAAUCUACUCCAAUUCCACAAAUUACAUCAAAGUUUUGGGAUUUUGUAGUCUCCAACUCUUCUGCCACAUCUGUUCAUUCGAAUGCUCUUGCUGAAGUCAAAAAAGUAUUGAAUACAAUUGAAGAUGAAUCGACUGAAACUGAAAGUGAGCCGACGUCUUCUACGAGAAGAACACGUGCGAAUCCAAUGAAAGUACUGUAUGAAGAUGAGAGACACGUGAAGAUUCGAAGUAGAUCAACAUCUCCACCGACAGUUGUCACACCAAAACGGAAGAGAUCAAUGCCAUCAAGUCUUCGAAGAAGAAUAGAGACACAAGAAGAUGAAGAAGAAGGACCAUCAACGUCUUCAUCAAAAGUCAGAAGACGUUCUGAUCCGACUAUUUCAAGAAAAGCAGCUGGGGAUGAUCAUGCAACAUUGGAAACUUAUCAGAAAAUGAUAAGAGAAAAAAAUAGAAAAAUAGAUCAAAUACAAGAAGACGAGAAAGAAGAUGUAGGAGAAGAAGAUGAAGACGAAGAGGAUGUUGAUGAAGAUAUGCCUUCGACAUCAUCAGCAGUUCCAUCGAGUAGUAGACGUCCUUCUAGAAGACGUUCAUCAACUGGAACAACAAAUCGAAGGAGAAAAUAUAGCAGAAGAGCUGGAUCACCGGCGGUUUUUGCAGGGGCUCUCAUGAAAAAAGAUUCCCACGAAUCUUCUCGGAGUAUGCCCACUUCAGUUGGUUGGACACCCGUCGUUGUCUCUCUAGGAACCGACGUGGAUCGUCCAACGACGUCUCGUUAUUCGGCAGAUGACGCUGAUAGUGGAGCUGAUAUCAGAGGAGAAAUCACUAAAUUUCUCGAAGAUCUCAUCGAUAAACAUCCAGAAACACUUGAUGCCAUUGAGAAUGUUCGAAUGAGUCGGCUGGGAAGAGGACGUCCAAGUUCAGAAUCACAUGAUUCUGCGCCAGUUGAAUUAGCUCCAUUACCACCGAGUACAUCAGGUGGAUCUGGAGGAGGACCUUCUACUUCUACAGCUCAACAGUCAUCAGAUCGUGUUUCACAUGGAAUAUUUGCAGUUCCACAUGUUUUGAGAAAUGCUGCGCGUUCCAACUCAUUCAUUGAUUGGCAUGCACAUUCACAAGUAGUAUCAACAAGUCAACACCAUAUUGCUCAAGGACAUGAAGACACUUCCCAAGGAGCUGUACACACAUUUCAAGAUGAAGAUGGCAAUUGGUGGACGUAUACUUUUGACGAGAAUUCUGGAGUCGGUACAGCUCAGCCACUUGGAUCCGGCCGUGCAGUGCUCGAAUUGAUUCAUCGAGAACGGGAAAAACAUCCGGAGACUGCACGUAAACUAUUCCCACCGGCAGAAUUAGAGGUGCUUCCAGAGAGUAUGUAUGAUUCAACAGAAGACGAAAAAGGAGAGAAGACAUCAGAUGAAGAUGAAGGAAAACAACCAAGCACAUCAGCAGUUGUUGCAUUGCCAUCCACGAGUAAUAGUCAAACACAAACUGUUCAGUUACCGUUGACAAGAAGAGAAAGAGCACUUUCUAGUUCUAGUAAUGAAUCAAGUACUUAUAUGCCAACACUUCCCUCGAGUGUUUUUCAUGCACCAAGUGGAACUGGAGCCACGAGAGCAUCCUCAACCCGUGGUAGUCAAGUCGUUUGUUUUUCGGCAACUGGAUCUCGUCUCCGGAAUACAACUCGAGAUGGAGAUGAUCGAUCGGCGGAUAGUAUGUGGCAGAUGGAACAAAUAAUGGAACUUAUCGAAAGUACACAUAAUCGACGAAAUAUGGGACCAGAAAUGCCGAGUCUUCCAAUGAACAGUCAGUUCACUAGCAGGACACUUCGACCUGAUUACAUGAGUCUUCCAGACAUGUUAGAUCGUCGUGGCUCUUCAAAUAUUCGAAAAAGCUACUACUAUCCGAUGAAAAUGUUUCCGAAGGCUCAAAAGAAUUUCAAUUUGAAAGUGGAUCGGAUGAGUGUUGAUCGCCUUUUUGAUAGAAAUCACACGAUUUGGUCUCUUCUUUUUGAUAUUGUCCUUGCGACUACAGUGUCUCUUUUGGCUGUUCUUCUCAUUGAUGCUCGAAUCUUCUAUGACUAUUCCCUCGUUGCGUUCUGUUUUGUUGUUGCUUCUGCUCAAUUCUCUUUGCUAAAAAGUGUUCAACCAGAUGCAUCAUCUCCGAUUCACGGUUUCAAUUGGGUUGCCAGCUACAAUCGACCUAUCUAUUUCUGCAUCAUGGCUCUCGGAUUACUGUAUGUACAUCAUGUCGGCGGUGGAAAAGAAAUUGAUGAUAAUCAGGAUGAACUGACGUGGAAUUGGAAUCCGUUUAGAUUCUACAUGAUGCCCUCAUCUUCAAUUCUGAUAGCUGUGCGUGAUCUACUCUCGAUUCUACUACUCCUCCUUCCCGUUGCAUUCACUCUCGGAUGGCUUCCCCAGUUCAACACUUUGGCUCAUCACGUUGCUGAACAAAUUGAAAUGCAUAUUUUCGGAGGAACUGCAUCAUUCAGCGUAUUCUCGGCUUGUGUUCAACUCGCGAAAAGCUCGGUGUUCUAUGUGGCUCUUUGUAUUUUAUGUCGAGUCGCGUACACUUUCUCUCCGAAGUCCACUCAGAACCCACUUUUCUCCGCAUUCAUUGCAACAAGCGUUGCCGUGUCAUAUCUACUUUCUCGAAUGUCAUCUAAUCAGAAUCUAAUGAUUAUUCUCUUCGAUAUUCUUACAUCUCCAUUCCGAAAGCAAUCGGAUUCUGAGGAAGAAGAGGCGACGGCAAAUGCACCGUCCAUCUCAACUGCAAGAGAUGAAAUGCCCAAAAUGGUCCGACGGACGAUUGGAGAAAGGGCUCGAUACGAUUUGAUCUUCUCUAUUUUUCUGGUUGCAUUCUUUUUCGGCAUUCAUUCGACUUCGUUGUUCACUGCCACUCAACCAUAUUUCACUUAUGCCAUAUCAGGAGUCUGCGUCUCUCUCGGUGUUAUAAAUCACUAUCUGUUCCCUCAAUUUCGAUCUCAUACUCCAUGGCGUGCUGUCUCUUCUCCACUUCUUAAAUCAGCUGAGCACGCUCAAUUCGAAUCUCCAGAUGCUGCCAAGUUGAUGUAUUUCGAGACGAUUCAUUUGUGGAUGGUGGCCAUUGAGAGAAAUAUUGUGUAUCCUCUUCUAAUCAUUUCAAUGGUAACUGAAAAUAGUUGGGCGAUACCUGCUCCAUGGAUCAUCCUCCCACUUGUCUGUCUCCGUCUAUUCCGUGGUGGAUUCUCUCAACCUCAACUCAUGUAUAUUCCUGUUGCAGUCGCCUUUCUCGCCGCCGCAUUUGAUCUCAAACAUGUCAUUGAUAUCGAGUAUAAUGGAAAAUCUUUAACAUCAUGGAAUCUUCUUCCAAUUAUUAUGUACAUAUGCGUAUCAUUAUAUCCGAAAGUCGUGGAACUCUAUCUGAAAAUCGCCUUCAUAAUGGCAUACGUGGCACCAUGGCAAAUCAGUUGGGGAAGUGCAUUCCAUGCAUUCGCACAGCCAUUCUCUGUCCCUCAUUCAGCAUUGAUUGCUAUUCAAACUGUCAUUUCAAGUAUCAUCAGUGCUCCGUUGAACCCAUUUUUAGGAUCAUCAUUCUUCACGUCUUCCUACGUUCGACCGGUUAAGUUCUGGGAGAAAGAUUACAAUACCAAGCGAACAGAUGCUUCAACAAUGAGACUUUCAUCUCAAAUAGAUCGAGGACCGAUGAUGGAUGACAGUAAUUUGAAUGCUGUUUUUUAUGAGCAUUUGACAAGAUCUUUACAAAAAAGUCUUGCCGGUGACUUGGCAAUGGGAAGAUGGGCGACAAGUGUUCAACCGGGAGACUGUUUUGUACUUGCGAGGUGA